GAUCCUUGGUUCGCAUUAGAUGCCAUGGGGCGGCUGCAGCACAUGGUGAACUUACAGGAAAGCUUGGGCGAAUCAGCGACCUGGGUGUCAUUUUUGGAGUCCAGGACGCCUUUGCAGCUUGGCGACGAGCUGCCAGCCGGUGUUUGCCAGCGCUUCUUCAUCACGGAUGGUUUGCACGAUCUUGUUUUCGGCAUUCCAGAGUGGCGCCACUACAAAUCUGAGUGGAUGGCUGGACGGAAAUCUGCUCCAUUGGGUACCAUGUCCCAUGCGGACUACAGCGUCUUGCUGCAAGCACGGCGGCAUUUCAUGAAGGCCAGGGAGCAGAUGUUGUUGAGGGACUACCACCCGAACUUGGCCGUGGAGCGAACAAAGCUGGCAAAGGAUCCAGCUGAGUUCUUCAAGACUGCAACGCCUCCUGUCGUCAAAGAGAUUGAAUCAGGGCUGUCCCUGGUCAAGAAGGUCGUGGAACAGCAGAAGGGCGCCGAAUUUGAAGACACCAUCCAAGGGGUGGACUACGCCACGCGGCGCCGGCAGCUGCUGACGUUGGAGCAGAUCCAAGCAUUGGCGACGACGCUGAAGGACAUGGCGAAGCAAUGCGCUGCAGGCUCAAAAGAGCUGCUGCGGGCAGCCUGAGUUUGGAGCUG